AUGGCUUCUUCUUUUCCUUUGCAGGUGGUGCCCGAGAGUUUAGAUGUGCUGCUGAGGGACGUGCUCGACAAGUUCGGCUACGCUGGACUGCCCGUCCACGCGGUACACACACGGGAUUUGUGUGUGUGUGUGUGUGUGUGUGCGCGACACAGCAUUACCUCAGCCCAGCACCUGUUGUCGUGUUUCGCCAUUUUGGGUCUGCCGCCGUCGAGCAGUCUGGAGGAGGCCUAAGAGGCCAUCACCAAGUACCUCCAGACCGGCCCGGUGAGUGCACAGAGAUUUCACGCUCAAACUGCACUGGCGCUCAUUGUCUUAAUUACCUUGUCCCUGCCUGUCGUGUGUGGUGUUUCCUCAGACUCACGAGGCCAUCCAUGACAUCCUCAACCGCCGACCACUCACAAGGCAGCCUCUUCACCGCCUCUUCUCCGC